GACGCCUCUUCAAACUCCUCUCAAAAAUUCAAAAUCACUCGAGUUUCCGUUCCUCAAGCUCAAAAAUCGAUCUAGGGUUGGUUUCUAAUUAACACGCGAAGAAGAAGAAGAAGAUUGAAUCCGCUACAAUGGGAGGUGAAGGAGAGGAUCUAGAGCCGCUCUUUGAUUAUCACCGUGUUCAGCCAUCGAAUUUCAUUUGCAUUGACGAUGAUGAUGAUGAUUCUGAUGUUUCGGAGGUUCCUGUUAAGAAGAGAUCAAAGACUUCCCACACAGUUGUAAAGAAAGAUGAGGAUGUGAAAGUAAUUGAAGUGGCGUGUGAUGACGAUUGGUUGCCUCCACCGCCUAAGGUUGUCUUUGAUAAAAGCAAAGAGUCUGGUGAAGAUUCUACCAUUAAAGCUUUGAGGUCGAAGAAGAUGGAGCUUAUGUCAUUCACAAAGACUGUUGUAGAUGUGAUGCAGGAAGCGGAGGAGUCUGCUAAAAAACAAGCUCGAGUAUCACUCAAACCUUCCUCAGAGGCUACUCCUGCUCAGGCACCACCAGGGCCUAUUAAUGAUAGAGCCAAGAUUGUCAUUACGAUACAGGACAAAUCUGGACAGAAGCAGUUCCGUGUGUUUGCGGACGAGAAGUUUGAGCGGGUUUUCAAAAUGUAUACGGAUAAAGAGAAGCUAGACCCUCAAAAUCUUGUAUUUACUUUUGACGGUGACAAGAUCGAUCCAUCGACUACUCCUUCUAACCUCGAGAUGGAGGACGAUGAUAUGAUUGAAGUACACACCAAAAAGAGAUGACAAAACAGGAUCUAAUUGGACUCGGCGGUGAAGCAUUGUCAAUCCAUUCAUCUUUACUAGAGUUUGUACAUCAACACGGGACAUGGAAGUGAUCUCUGCUGAAGACUCUGGUCUUGUAUCUGUGACCUUUUUGUCAUUUGUUUUCUGAAUUCUUCUUUUUCCAUCGGCUUGAUUCAGCAUAUUUUGAUUCUGUCCAGUAUAUAGCUAAACCAAAUCGAAGAAACUCAACCUAAACCGAAUUAAAUUAAACCGAGUUGUUAGAAGAAAAUUUUGAUUUAUCC